AUGGCGGCAUCUGUAUCGAUGCCGCAGUGCCCGCCAAUGUGCCGGAGCUCUCCGUACGCAUUGCCUGUGCCGAGCCCCAAUGUCAUGGCCACGGCGGACGGGUGUUUGGAUUAUGUAUCUGCACUAUUGCACGCGGUGGUCUACGCAUCGGAGGAGUGCAGCGAGCCGAAGGGCGAUGAGAAAGCGCGGGCGGAGGCGCGCUAUGCAGUAGACUUUCCGCUCGCACCGUUUCCCGAGCACGAGCGAGGCGUGAAGCUAAAUCUGAUACAGACGCUGAUCCAGACCAUGGCGCAUAAACUAUGGGACAUGGAAGACCACGAUAUGGAACAGAAAACCGGAGCGCAUCGCGGAUCGCGGAUUGCCGAGCGUAGGAGUUUGCCCUACCCCCUCUCCCAAGCACACCCCCUCAGCUCCGAGUACCCUUUGAGCUUUCCCAUGGGCAUGGAAAACAAUGAGCCUGUUAUUCUCUCGUAUCGCAAAUCGUCGCGCGCGCCACGAAACAUUACCGGCUACACAUUCUCCCCCCCGCUGCACGCCGGCAUGCAAAGCUUUUCUGGCUUUAGUUCGAAUCAGCCGUCUCCGUACCCCCAGACCAGCGAGGUUGACCCGAUGGAAAUGCUCGAGCGCUUCAACGAGCAGAGUGGUCUCAGCGCCGAGGAAGAGCUGCAUCUGCUCAAAGCACAAGUGCAGGACAUUGCGCGUGUGUGCAAAGCCGUUGCGCUGGGGGACCUGACGCAGCACAUUAUGGUUCCCGUGCAAGGGCCCGUCAUGGUUGAGCUCAAAGAAAUUAUUAACCAGAUGGUCGACCGACUGAGCAACUUUGCGAGCGAAGUCACGCGUGUAUCACUUGAAGUUGGCACAGAAGGCAAGCUGGGAGGGCAAGCGGGUGUCGAAGGCGUCGAAGGUACCUGGAAAGAGCUCAAAGAUGUGGUCAACAGGCUUGCCGAGAACUUGACGAAUCAGGUGCGCGGUGUCGCCCUGGUUACCAAAGCCGUUGCGCGCGGCGACCUCUCCAAGAAGAUUGAUGUGCAGGCCGACGGCGAGAUUCUAGAGCUCAAGGUGACGAUCAACGUCAUGGUAGAUCAACUUCGCCACUUUGCCAAUGAAGUCACGCGCGUCUCGAGAGAAGUCGGCUCCCAGGGCAGAUUGGGAGGCCAAGCGCACGUUCCCGGCGUCAAAGGUGUCUGGAAAGAGCUGACUGACAAUGUGAACCGGAUGUGUUUGAAUUUGACCGAGCAGGUGCGGUCCAUUGGCAUUGUGACCACCGCCGUGGCCAAAGGUGACCUCACCAAGACCAUUGAAAUUGAGGCGGAGGGCGAGAUGGCGCAGCUGAAAGACACGGUGAAUAGCAUGGUGAGCCAGCUGCGUGUAUUUGCGAGCGAAGUAGUGCGCAUGUCGAUGGAGGUAGGUACGUAUGGCCGCCUCGGUGGACAGGCGCAUGUGCCAAACGUGGAAGGGAUCUGGAAAGACUUGACCAAGAGCGUGAACAAGAUGGCCGACAACCUCACCUCGCAGGUGCGAGAGAUUGCGCGCGUUACCAAAUGCGUCGCAGAGGGCGUGCUGACCGAGUUUAUCACUGUCGACGUCAAGGGCGAGAUUUUGGAGCUGAAAAACACGGUGAACAACAUGGUCCGCCAGCUCAAGACCCUCUCCGACGAGAUCAUCCGUGUCUCGGUCGAGGUCGGCACUGAAGGCCGCCUGGGUGGCCAGGCCAACGUGGCAGACGUCAAAGGACAAUGGCAGGUGCUUACAGAGCGUGUCAAUAUGAUGGCGAGCAACUUGACUACGCAGGUACGCUCGAUUGCCACGGUGAAUACUGCCGUCGCGCGCGGCGACUUGAGCAAGACGAUCAAUGUCGAGGUCCGUGGAGAGUUUCUCGAUCUCAAGCUGACGGUAAACAACAUGGUCGAGUCGCUGCGCACCUUUUCCACAGAAGUUACCAGGGUCGCCACUGAGGUCGGCACUGAAGGAAAGCUUGGCGGACGCGCGACUGUUUUGGGCGUCGGCGGGACGUGGAAGGAUCUGACCGACUCGGUGAACACUAUGGCGGCGAACAUUACGUUACAAGUGCGCGCAAUUGCCUACGCAACCACCGCCGUCGCCCGCGGCGACCUGACACAAAAGGUCACCAUUUCUGUUUCCGGCGAGAUCUUGGACUUGGUCAACACCAUCAAUAACAUGAUCGACCAGCUGUCCUUCUUUGCCUCCGAAGUGACGCGUGUUGCAAGGGAGGUAGGCACCGAAGGCAAGCUUGGUGUUCAAGCGCAAAAGAAAGACAUCAAAGGCAAGUGGGCAGAAAUCACGGACAAUGUCAACAUCAUGGCCAACAACCUUACCUCCCAAGUGCGUGCGUUUGCGCAGAUCACUGCGGCGGCAACAGACGGCGACUUUACGCGCUUUGUCACCGUCGAGGCUAGUGGUGAGAUGGACUCGCUCAAGACCAAGAUUAACCAAAUGGUGUACAGUUUGCGCGAUAGUAUCCAGAAGAACACAGCCGCGCGUGAGGCUGCCGAGCUUGCAAACAGGAGCAAGUCUGAAUUCCUGGCCAACAUGUCGCACGAAAUUCGCACGCCUAUGAACGGCAUUAUCGGUAUGACGUCCCUCACCCUCGAAACCGAGCUUUCGCGCACACAGCGCGAAAACAUGGUCACCGUCUCGACGCUCGCGGAAAAUCUUUUGGCUAUCAUCGACGACAUACUCGACAUCUCCAAGAUCGAGGCAGGCCGUAUGAACGUGGAAGAAAUUCCUUUUAGCUUGCGUGGUAUUGUGUUUAGCGUGCUCAAGACACUCUCUGUGCGUGCUGCGCAAAAAAAGCUCAAUUUGGUGUACGAAGUCUCACGAGACUGUCCCGACCCGCUAAUUGGCGACGCGCUGCGUUUGAAGCAGAUCAUCACAAACCUGAUUGGAAAUGCCGUCAAGUUUACCGAAAGCGGCGGUCGCGUUGUGCUGCGCUGCAAGCUGAGUGCAUACCGUGGCAACAACGAAGCCCUCUUGGAAUUCUGCGCGUCUGAUUCGGGCAUUGGCAUCAAGCAGGAUAAGCUGGACAUGAUUUUCGACACAUUUUGCCAGGCAGAUGGCUCGACUACGCGCAAAUACGGCGGCACAGGCCUCGGUCUCUCCAUCUCGCGGCGUCUUGUGAAUUUGAUGGGCGGCGACAUGUGGGUGCGAAGCCAUUUUGGCAAAGGCUCUGAUUUCUUCUUCACCAUGGUCGUCAAACUGGACAAAUUUUCCAAGGACCAACUGGCGGAGCGGAUGCGCCCUUACAUCGGACGCAACGUUUUCUUCCUCGAUACAGUGCACGACAAGACUGGCGUGGCGCAUAUGCUUACAAAGCUCGGACUGAAGCCACUUGUAUUCCAUUCCCUCGAAGACGCGCUUGCGCGCCCGCCAUUGUUCAGCCGCGUAGAUGCUAUUGUGACGGACAGUGUUGCGCUUGUUCCGCAGCUCCGUGCAAACGAACAGCUGCGCUACAUUCCAAUCAAUCUCGUCACACCCGAAGUGCUUUCCCUAAAUUUGACAUUCUGUCUAGACUACGGCGUUUCGUCGUACAUCAACACGCCACUGUCCUUCGAGGACUUGUACUAUGCCCUGCUUCCUUCCCUGGAAAGCUCUGCCGCAACACCGUCCGAAGGCAACAAUGACGUAAACUUUGACAUUUUGCUGGCAGAAGACAACCUGGUCAACCAAAAACUUGCUUGCAAAAUCCUGCAGAAUCAAGGGCACCAUGUGGACGUGGUGGACAACGGCGAGCUGGCUGUUUUUGCAGUGCAAAAGCAGCGCUACGAUGCGAUUCUUAUGGAUGUGAGUAUGCCCGUGAUGGGCGGUAUCGAGGCGACCAUGGCGAUUCGCGAGCACGAACAGGCGCUUGGCCUCAGCAAUAUCCCCAUCAUUGCGCUCACGGCGCAUGCGAUGCUGGGAGAUAAGGAAAUAUGUCUGCAGGCAGGCAUGAAUGCCUAUGUCAGCAAGCCGAUUCGAAGGGUGGAGCUCGUCUCCACGCUCAACUCGCAGCUGUGCCAAAAGAGCGAGGCGCAGGAAGCGGAUAAACUGCCGUGA